UAAUCAAAUGAAGUCAGACUAUGUGAACGGAUCAAACGACUUCAAACGCUUGAAGAUAAAAUUCCACUGUUUUUGGGUCUGACACUGUAAUCAAUGAAAAAAAGUGCAGUCCAAGUUUUCAAUGUGUUUUUCUUUCCCUUAUUUGGCUGUUCGGAGGUGCAGAUCAUGGCCAAUCCAGGGGUGCAAAAAGGACCAUUCAGUUACAAAUGUAGGAUAUACUAAUAGUAAAAUAAUAAUAUAAGUGAGUAUGCUUUACAACACUGGCUUCAUUCUCUAUGCAGUAUACUUACAAACCACCUGUUUAAUUUAUAGCUGGAACUAUGAUACAAUCCCAAAAUAUUGCAUUGACAGGGUGUCCAGUUCCUAUUUUUUCCUAUUUUUUGAGCAUAUACCUGUUUUCUCCUAUUUUUAAACAAAAACCUCCUAUUUUUCCUAUUUUUUAGUUGGUGAAGCCAAAAUUUGCAAAAAUAUUGAAAAUGCAAUAAUUGUUGUGUUGUGUUUUAGAGUGAGAUUUAUCAUAAAGCAAGUUGUAUGUUGACCUUGAUGUUCUAAAAUUAGUAAAAAUAAUAACUACCUUUGUUCUUUCCAUGACCUCUAUUGCCCAUUAGAGUUCUGUUAACAACUUUGUUAUAAUUAUUGUUACUUUUUGCGUAAUUUCCUAGUGCACCUACAUGUACAUGUAUUGUAUGUAAUGUUACACUUCCCAUGAGUGUUGAAUAAUAUUGUGCAUAGCCCACUGAAACUGCAUUUCAGUCUCUGAACACUUCAUGAUGUAAUUAUUUUGAAGUCUUGCUCCCUUUUAUGUUCAUCUUUGAAACUGGAAACAUGAUCAAGUUGCCCUUUCACAACACAGAUCAGAUAAAUCAUCCAAUCAGCCUUUUGUUUAAAGAACUAAUCACUACCUGGAUUCUGUAUGCUACGUGAAAAGAACAGACUCAAAUUUAGUUUGUGGCACUAGUUUUCUUCGUGAGCUCUUGUUAACAGCUAUACUUAAGCAACUGAUGAAGGAUCAAAUAUUUUGGUUCCGAAACCGUUCUGCCGGUCAUAGCUAAGAAGAGUGUUAUAUUCCUCUUAGAACUUAACCAUAACACACUUACAAUCUGGUACCAAAUAGAUCAGUGUCAUUUUGCAUACACUGCGGAAAGCCAGGUUUGGUACUUAAAACUAUGCGGUCUUUUGACUCAAACAAUCAUAUUCUCAACCAGCUACCGAUUGUAGAUUAAUGGAAGGAAAGAUAUCAUGGGAUUUUUUAGUUCAAUAUCCUUUAAUGACAACGCAAUCGUAAGAAAUUUCUGUCCUAAGAAAUUUUACUCUUUGAAGCUUUUCAAAGAUUUGCCGCCAACUAGAAGGGAUUUGACAUAUAAUCACCUUUGAUUAUAGAACGCGCUCGACCUGUAGUCAACAACGUCAUCCUGAUUACAGUGUAACUGAUCCAAAAAACUAUUUUUUAAUACAAAGUUUCCUAUUUUUCCUAUUUUCUCAAUCCCGAGUUUCCUAUUUUCCUAUUUUUUUGAGCAACCAUGCCGCUGGACACCCUGCAUUGAUUGUGGGAAGGCCUGCAGCAUUCUCAUUCCCAGAGCCACUCGGCUUAAUUUGUAAUGAACCACGUUACCAAGAAACAACGGGGUUUGGGGACGAGAUUGGACCUGCAGUAACUGCGGUACCAGAAAUGUUUUCUAGCCCAUGCAACGCCACGGCUCAGUUGGGACAUCCGCCGAAAGUCGAACCAACGAGUGGCAUUCUAGCUUGAACAGAAAAGUGCAACUCUACUUUUGUCUAUAUUAUUCAGUUUCAGAGAUUUUUCCUUUAAUUUUUUCAGACCGCAAUGGCAUCUGCUCAAGUACCCGAAUGUCCUAUCUGUUGUGAGCAUUAUGAUCAUCAAAAUCUUUUUCCUCGUCUUCUCAUUUGCGGUCACACCUUCUGUUCAAGCUGCCUAGGAAAGUUACUCAAGAAUAAUUCCAUUUCUUGCCCAGACUGCAGAAAAACGGUGCCUGUUCCCGGUGGUGUCGCAGGACUAACUAAAAAUUAUGCAUUAUUAAAAAUGGGUAACACCACACCUCAAGACAUAGAAGGUUUUCAUGACUGCGAAGCAUGUGAUGUCAAGCAUCCUGCAACCUCUUGGUGCCUGGACUGCGAUUAUGAUAUGUGCGCAACUGCAACUCGCUUUCACAGUCGCAACAAGGCAAGUCGUGACCACAAAGUUGUUUCCUUGGAGCAGCUGGCUGUGUCCGUUUUCUGCACGGAACAUAAAGAACAAUUCCGCUUGUUCGAUGAAAAAUGCAAUCACAUGGUCUGUAGGAGCUGUGUUACACUGACACAUGAGAACCACAGCCUUCUGUCUUUAGCUGAAGUUGGUUUAAAGUAUAAACAGGAGAUGGAAGCACUUGUGACUCAAGCCAGCGCUCAAGCACAGGUGAUUAAAGAUGCAGAAAAUCGAGUUUUGAAUGCAAGUAGAGACAUGGAAAAAGCUUACAAAGAACAGCGUGCUAAAAUUCAAAGCGUAUUUAAGAAGGUGAGUUUGUCUUUGUUUCACGUUAACGUUUUCUUUCUUUUUAUAUAUUAUGAAUCAGUCAAUAUUAGAUUACACACAGUUAAUAUGGUGAUCUUAACUCAAGCAACACAAUAUCUUACCACUCCUUGAUCUGACUAAUUUAUAUCAACCUGCAUAAGUAUUGAUAAUUUCUUAGAAACAUAACUAUCAACUAUUAACUAUCUUCUGUUCAACUAAAAUUUGUAUUUUUGAAAUUCAUAUCAUCUCCACUGUCGAGAAGACAAAAUAAUUAACUAAAAUAGAAUAAAAUGAAAUAGCAUAUAGAAGCAGGCAGGGCGAAGCACAGGCGUAGCAAUUAAUGAAGAGAAAUAUGCAAGUGCAAGUCUGCGUACUUGUUUGAAGAGUUAAAAGCUGAAAUGUGGCUAGCAAGUGGUAUGAGGGGUUUACAUAUGGCAAGACAGGUGAGAAUCAUGUGAUGCUGUGGAAAAAUACUGCGAGCUUUGGUAACCACUGUAAUAAUGUAAAAGUAAAAGUACUUUGAGCGAAACAGUGAGCUACUGAAUAUUGCACGAGCAUUGAUUGCAAAGGUGAGGAGAGUAGAGUACACUAAGGACAAUUGAGGGUAGAACUAUUACCGCCUUAGGGCUCAUUAAUCCCAGUUUGAGGUUAAACUUAUAAUAUAACAGAUAUAAGCUGCUUCGUUUAGAAGCCCUUCUAAAGCCCCUUACGAAGAUGAAUAAGCCCAGGAGUUUACGGUAUUUGAACUGCAAAUUUUUCCGAACAUAUCCACCUUUUUUUUGUCUUUGAUUGGUUAUAGCUUCAUGACGCAGUCACGACUAGAGAACAAGAUUUGAUAAGUGAGUUGGAAAUGCUACACAGCAAAAAGGCAGCCAUACUCACAGAGCAACGAGCCCUUUUGCGCAAUUGCCAAGACUGUAUAGAGGCUACCGUCAAAGGCGUUAAAUCAACAAUCCAAUCCUCAGAUAAUGCCAAUCUCCUUUACGUCAGAUCAACUAUAGAGUCUAUACUCGAAGCCGCCACGAAAAAUCAAUAUCUAGUUCUUGAGCCAGAAGCCCAGUUUGUACCAGACCUUAACCGCUGUGAAAAAAGGAGAUUACAGCGAGUGGUAGGUGCACUUAAUAAUGUGGGUGUGGUCAUGGACAGGUCCACCUGUGCAGUAACAACCACUGCUGCUGGUUCAGGCCUUGAACAGGCAAACCCGGGAGAGGUGGCGUCUUUUACUAUCAUCGCUCGUGAUGCUCAAAGGCUCUCGCGAGCCGUGGGUGGCGAUUCAUUUGUAGUGGAGCUUAAAAACAAAUCUGAUGAAUUAGAAGAUAAAGUUAGAGCUGAUGUUCAGGACAAAGGAUACGGAAAAUAUUUGGUAACUUACACUAUUCCUAGAAGUGCUAAGCGGGUUGAUUACACAUUGAGCGUACUCUUACGAGGUGCUCACAUUCAAGGCAGUCCUUUCACUGUACACAUGGCAUCAUCACUACCCUGCAAGACUUACAAAGUGUUAUCGGAUGUAGCUAGUAAAAUAACUCAGCAUAGUUAGAACAUUUGAUUUCCGUAUGUCAAUUCAGUUUGUUUACGAAAGCUUGAGUUCCCAGAUCCUAAUUUUUGUCGAACUGAGAAACUUGUUAUUUUUUUCACAUAACUGCUAACAGGCACUUACGGGCACUUAAUCUGC